UCGGACUAUAAGAGUGGCUGGACAGUGACCCGUCCCAUCCCUAGGCGCCCACUUUUCGUCCCUGCUUUUCUUCUGCCUUCGCUCCCUCAAGGCUACCUGGCAGCUAUGGCCUCCCAGCUGGAUGCAUCUAUUUGUACCAUGAUCGGCAUCUUCCACAAAUAUUCAAGCAGGGAAGGUGAUAAGAACACUUUGAGCAAGAAGGAGUUGAAGGAGUUGAUCCAGAACGAACUCAGCCUGGGAGCUAAAAUAGAAGAUUCGGAUGUUGCAGCAUUGAUGGACGGUCUGGACCGGGACAAAGAUCAGGAAGUGAACUUCCAGGAGUUUAUCUCCUUUCUGGGAGCCUUGGCCAUGCUCUACAAUGAACUACUGAAGGGAGAGUAAAUAGACUGCAGAGAGGGAAACAGGGGUGGGAGCCCUGCCCCUGCAGUCCCUAGCUGGCCUGCCGCAGCAAGGGGUACAUGGUGGGGGUUUUGUAUAUUAAAUAAAG